AUGACGCAUAAAUCAUACUGUUGUUCUUCCCGGGGUGCCAGCCUGACAGCUGUGGGCUCCUAUCACCCGCAGACUCCGCACUUGCCCCGGGCUCCCGCCACCCAUGGGACCCGCACUGCCCCCAGGCUCCCGCCACCCGCGGACUCCGCACUGCACGCGGGUUCCCGCCACCCGCGGGACGCGCACUGCCCCCGGGCUCCCACACUGCCGCCAGGCUCCCGCCACCCGCGGACUCCGCACUGCCCCCGGGCUCCCGCACUGCCGCCAGGCUCCCGCCACCCGCGGACUCCGCACUGCCCCCGGGCUCCCGCACUGCCGCCAGGCUCCCGCCACCCGCGGACUCCGCACUGCCCCCGGGCUCCCGCACUGCCGCCAGGCUCCCGCCACCCGCGGACUCCGCACUGCCCCCGGGCUCCCGCACUGCCGCCAGGCUCCCGCCACCCGCGGACUCCGCACUGCCCCCGGGCUCCCGCACUGCCGCCAGGCUCCCGCCACCCGCGGACUCCGCACUGCACGCGGGUUCCCGCCACCCGCGGGACCACGCGCUGCUCCCCGUCCCGCAGCGGCCCCCGGGUUUGCCCGGGCCGGACCUUCGGCUUCGUCUUGACGAAAAUCCGCUAUAAAAAUGCUCAAAGAUGGAAUUCUCGAAAUGCUGUGCUCUGUGUAUACGCCUGA